UGAGCUGCAGUCUAAGCAAACCUCCCUAAAAGCGUUUCUCCAGUGAGAGACAGAGCCGGUGGAGGCGCGCUUUUGUCCUGGGCAGGAGGCGGAGCUGGUGAACGAGCACAGCCUACCAAACAGUGCGUGUAUGUGUGUGUGUGAAAGAGAGAGAGAGCGCGCGCAAUGAAUAUGGCCAGAGAGAGUGAAUAAAACUAGCUCCGGCACUUGUUCGUCACACAUUUGUAAGUGUGAAACAACCAGCGGCAGCGCGCUGGAUUCUUCGCGCGUACGCAACCAGACACGUUCCCGCGUAAGAGCUUCAGAAACCAAAGCAAAUAGUUUUGCAUUUACGGAGCAUCUCUGUUAAUUCUUACGAGUUCUCUGACCGGCGUUGUGGGGAGGUCGCGCUUCUCUCCCGCAUUUGAACUCUCACCAUCCUGCCGUCUUCAUCUCUCUGAUCCCUCCGCGGAGAUCCAUCUGAACCUGAACAGCGCCGUACCGGACCGUUGGAUUUGGGUUGACGCCGUGGGGACAGAGGGAGGGGGUCUUCAUCAUGGAUUCUGACUUUUUAAACACUUAAACCGAUGCACCGAAAGCCCAUACUGAAGAAGUUGAUCGCGCUUUACAGUAGGUGAUUUCCUCCCUUUUCUUCUUUACCAAACGGGAUGCUUCAGGUUCACAGUUGCGCGGGGUGAGAAGAUCAAGAAAGACUGAAGAAAAGCGAGUGGGGAGAGAGAGAGAGAUCGAGGGAUUAUGGCUCUCUUGCAUCUCUGUGUUUUUAUUCUGACGCUCCCCUGUAUGAACUUUGACCUGGUGAAUGCGGCCAGGCACGCGGUACACUGGAACAGUUCAAACAUACUACUUCGUAAGGAGGGCUACACAGUGCAGGUGAAUGUGAAUGACUAUCUUGAUAUCUACUGUCCUCACUACAACAGCAGUCAGAGGGGCGUGGCCGAGCAGUACGUCCUCUACAUGGUCAGCUAUCGAGGCUACCGUACCUGUGACCCACAGCUGGGCUUUAAACGCUGGGAGUGUAACCGCCCCCACGCCCCCCAUGCACCAAUCAAAUUCUCUGAAAAGUUUCAGCGCUACAGCGCCUUCUCGCUCGGCUACGAGUUUCACGUCGGACAGGAGUAUUAUUAUAUCUCCACGCCCACUCAUCACCAUGGCCGCAGCUGCCUGAGACUGAGAGUGUAUGUUUGCUGCUCAACAGCAUCUGAUUCAGAUGAUGAGCCUCAGCCCACAGAGCCAGACUACACUCUGAGACCUAACAUCAAAAUCGAUGACCUCGAUGACUAUGAUAAUCCAGAGGUUCCCAAAUUGGAGAAGAGCAUCAGCGGUAGCAGCCCAUCCAGAGAUCGCCUUCUUCUGACGGUGGCAUCGCUUUUCCUCAUUGCCCUCUCUGUCUCCUAGCAUCCACUUCUUGACCGUCGCCACACCAACGAGGCCUUGGGGCAAGGAAGGGUCCAGGGCCGAUUUAAAUAAAGCAAUGGACAGAUGGAUGUUUGGAAAGAUGCUGCAGCAGCUUGCUGAGUGUUGAGCACCAGCCCACAAUUCAACAGUGCUAUUCUUGUCUUACAAUAGGGACACACCUUGUGUGUCCUACAGACAAUACUAUUAUGGAUUUUAACACUAUAAUGACAACCGUGCCAUUUCGGUUACAAUAGGGGGGUGUACUUUGUGCGUGCGUGUGUUUUGUAUGUUAAGAGUUUGUGUGAGUCCAGUGUUUGGGGUGGGGCAGAUCUUUCCUUCAGUUCACGCUUAAGGUUGGAUAGCUCCAUUCAUCUGUGGAUUGGCAGGUUAAAAGUUUAAGAGCUUCUCAUCUGGUAUGAAAGCGAAAACAGUUGAGCAGCUCAGAUUACUUCUAACCCCAACUUCUGCAAAAUAAAACAUUUUUUUAAUUUCACGUAAUUCCAAAGCUAGUCUUUGUUUGGCAAUGCUGUCACAAAAUAUAACAUCUAAAGUAAACAACAAACGAAAACUGUAUUUUAUUAAGCAUUAAAAUCCAAUUACAUCAGAUUCUUUUUUUUUUACUUAUUGUGAUCGCACAUGAAAGCAGGGCAGUAAGGUGUUUUUGUUCUGCGAUGCAGAAAUUAAGAAGUGAUUUCGCAAACACAUUGAACACAUCAAGACAAACAGAAGCCAAAUAGCUUUUUCGUUGUUGCUUUGUUUCUUUCUCCCUUUUGAUAAAAGGUGCUUGUGUGAUUAAGUGAGGGUAUGUAUGUGUGCAUUAGCAAAGUGAUGCUGAAAUAAUUUCCUCCGGAUAUUCGCUGGACUUUAUAGACUGGAGAUGGACACCUUCACAGACACUGUACAUAAAACAAAACACAUGCAUUUAUUUAUGUGUUCGGAACAAAUGGACGCUAUGGACGACCUCGUGAGUUUGGAUCAUUCUGGAUUCGGAGAACUGUGUGAUUCGUUCCAGUUCAGACCAGUUCCACUUUUCGCUGCUUGCUACUUGACGUCUUAUUGUAUUGGUGGCGAUCAGACCAAAUGGAAAUUGAGGGGUCCGGUGGUUCUAAUCUGUUUCUACAGCAACAGUCAUUCAGCAGUGUGUUUGCUAUAAUGCACACACACCUAAAGUCACUAGAGAUCAGCAGGAAAUCAGAACAACACGGCAAAAAAGCGAAAUAAGCGUGUUGCAGACAACAAUUCUGAUGACACUUUUGCCAAGAGUAAUAAAAGCGAAACGCUUCGGGGAAGGUAGUAAUUGUGUUGUUAUGAGCUUUUCAAUGGCUAAACGGCAACAUGCAUCAUCUCACAACAAGGUUCAAAAUGAAGGUUAUUACACUAGCACCUUAUCGUGACUGUCACAAAACCAUACCACAGACCAUGAUAGCAACCAGCGCCGCUUCUUGCCAUGCAAAUACUGCUUAAACUAGCAAUGGCAUGUGGUUUAAGAGAAAUGAUUUGUGGUAGAGGUUUUCUAACAUAGAUUCGUAAUGGAAGUGUUACAUUUUGUCACACCUACAGGCUGUCUCUAUAUUGAUAAAGCCGUUUAUUGUAUCAUUCCGCUUUUGCUCUGAAAAUAGUUUCAGUUCAUGUGAAACAUUAUUAUGUCUGCUUUAUAUUCCAUUGCUAUGAUUGCUGUGUUAGCACUGAAAUCCAGAACAUGAAUGAAAACUUUCUCUGAAUGAUAUCAUGUAAGUAAUUUACAGACUUGAAUCUACAUUUGUUUGUUUCAUGACUUUCACGUUGUCUUUUAAAGGUACUGGGUCGAUGAUAAGUACAUUUUGUGUUUAGAAAAGAUGUGCUUAUUGGGGUUUUAAUGGCUUGAUGGAAUAAUGUUAUGUUUCAGAGGGGAUCGGGUCAAGGGAGGGAAAAUAUCACUCUUCAAAUGUUGCACUUACAAAAAGUUUGACACAAGAAUUGUGUGUGUGCAUUUCUGUAUGUGUUUGUGUGAGAGAAGUUGUCAUUUGUCUUUAAUGAAAACUAGCCUAAAUAACCUUUCCAUCUUUUAUGCGUGUGUGAAAGAAUGAGAGCUCAAAGAGGUAAUAAAGAAAGAGGCCAGAGUGUACGUUUAUGUGUAUGUGUGUGUUUAGUAUUGUUUUGCAUUAUUUAGACUAAGCAUAUUGUGUGGGUGAGACACAAGAGAAAUUGCAUUGUUUUGGGGGAAACAACAAAGGCAUUUAUUAGUGUUGGAAACAACGAAUUACAAUCAUGUUUACCUUCAACUGGAAUGAAUUUGAAGAACUUGAAAAAAAUAAACUGUUAACUGAACAAACCAUAACAAAGCCUAUAAUAAUAAUAACAAUCGUGAUAACAAGCAUUUGUUAUUUUUUGCACAUUCAACCUUUGAUUUGUAUUCGUACAAACACAAUGUAAUUUAUGCACUCAUAUGGUUUGUAUGCU